ACGAGCUCUAAACAGCUUAUAAUAUAUUAUUAAAACUACUAAUAAUACCAAGAUUUUAGUUCCAAUCAUUUGAAUUGUGUGUUUUAAUACAGAUAACCGCUAAAGAUGACUGUAACAAAGUAAAAGGAUAUAAUUCAUAAUUUUUGAUGAUUUAAACUGACUGAAUAAAAAUAUAAAUUUAAUUAAAUUAAAAAUAAUUUUUGGGAGGGUUGUGCAAAUAGUAAAGUCUGGAGCCUUGUAGACCAGCUGCUGUAACAACAAACAACAACAACAACGAUGUGUAUCUGCUGAUGUAUCCUCAUGGCCGUCUCUAAACCGUGACACAAACCGAGACAGAUUAAAACCAACGAGAUACAAAACAGGACGCAGAACCUGCAGGACGAUUUCUUUCCUGCUAUCGUGCAACGAUCAUCCACAAAUGAUGUGCAGACUUUUAGACAUUCUAUUAUCAAAUGCCUUGAAAAGAUACGAUGCACAUAUAUCUGCAACAUUUGUUCUCAACUCACUGCCUCGUUUCUUUUGUCCUCAGGUCCGAGAGCGAGACCUGCCGAUGGUCAUGCACACGCUGUCUUCAGAGUUCACUUUGCUUCGGGUGGUGAACGGAGAGACCGUCGCUACUCACGACCUCGGAGUCACCAACGGCUUCGUGAAGCCCAAACUAGCGCCCCGUCCCAUCAUUCACCCUUUAUCUAGUCCCAGCAACAUGUUCUGUGUGACCAGCCUGGACCCGGACACGCUGCCCUCUGUAGCCACGCUGCUCAUGGACGUCAUGUUUUACUCCGGAGGGUGAGAAAGUGAAACGUUAUACCUUCAAUACCGAUAUCAUGAAAACACAGAGGAACCAAAACCAAAAGGCACUCCUUCCAUCUCUGAUUAUAUUCUGCUUGUUUUGUAAUUACAUAACUUGGGUUAAAGUCACUUUUAGCCACGCUAGCAGUGGCUCUCUAUUGGUUUGUCCACGUUUGGUCCAAACAGAUGAUGACAUUCAUGGUCCCCAGAGGAUGAACCCUAAUGACUGCAGGUUAUAAUACUUAUAUUACAGCUCCUUUUAUUAAAACGGUUGAAAAUACCCUUAAAGUACAAAGAGAGAAAGAAAGAACAGAAUAAUGUAUGUUACUGAAUUAUAA